GACAGUGAAGCGACUAAUUGUGGAAGAGUGAUCGAUCAUCCCCAAUCUUCGCCAUGGUAAACCCAGAACCCCAAACCCCAUACAGACUCGACUACAACGCCAACUUCCGCGACUGGAGAACCAAGCUCGACUCUGUCCUCGACCAGAACCAAGUCAAGUACGUCCUCACCGAACCAAAACCCCCCGAGCCCACAGGCGCAACCCCUCAGAACGACGUCGCCCGCCACCAGAAAUGGCUCCUCGACGACUUCACCGCCCGCCACGUCAUCCUCGGAGCCCUGCACGAAAGGGUUUACGUGUCUUAUCACCGCCACAAAACCGCCAGCUCCCUCCUGGAAGCUCUGACGGCCCACUUCACGAAGCCCUCCAUGUCCCGGAGACUGGUCAAGUUCCGGCGCUACAUGGAGCACAGAUUGGCCGAGGGCAAAUCGGUAUAUGAGCACGUGUCGGAGAUGGGUUCCAUGGCUGCUGCGCUAGAGAGUGAGGGAGUGAGAGUUUCGGAGGAGUUGCAGGUUUUGAUGCUGAUGAAUAGCUUGCCGGACAGGUGGGAUGAGACGGUUGGUGGGCUUAUAGUGAACAUGGAUGUAGAUGGUCCAGAUGAAAUGGGUCUCGACAAGGUGAGCAAGAGGCUCAUAGACUUGGUUUUGAAGAAAGACCAAGAAGACAAUCCACACCUGUAUGCUACUAUAAAGGUUGCCCGGGAGGAGGAUCUGGUGGAGCAGAUUGGAAAAGACUUUUAUUUUGACCUUGUGGAUCAUGAAAAAGUCAGAAGUUUUUGUAUUCUGAAGGAGACGCCAUUUUACCGAUUUAAGGAGGAGGUCGCUAAAGAGUUUGGCAUACCAGUACAAUAUCAGCGCUACUGGCGGUGGAUGAAGCGUCAAAACAAUACAUAUCGCCCAGGCUAUCCAUUGACGCUUAUGGAGGAAACAGUAUCUGUUAAAGAGUUGAUUGAUAAUCGUUCAGAAGUAAACUUGUUCUUAGAAGUAGAGCUUGGGCUGGAUUUACACCCUAUUGCUCCACCUGACAAGACAAGAGAUGUCAUUCUUCUCUUCUUUAAGCUUUAUGAUCCAGAAAUAGAAGAGCUACGUUAUGUUGGAAGGCUAUUUGUCAACCUCACUGGCAAACCUACUGAAAUCUUAUCGAAAUUAAAUAAGUUCGCUGGCUAUGCCCUGGACCAAGAGAUAGACCUUUAUGAGGAAUAUAAGUUUCAACCCACGGUUGUGUGUGAUCUCAUUGACAAGAAUCUUACAUUUCGAGCCAGUCAGCUUGAGGAUGGAGACAUUGUCUGCUUUCAGAAACCAACUCCAGUAGAAAUUGGUGUAUGUUCCCUGUAUCGAAAUGUCCAGACUUUUCUGGACUCUGUGCCCAUACCUCAUUCCUCAAGAUCUGAGGCAAACACCUCAGUUGCAUUCUAUGUAAGAGGAAGAGGAAGACGAAGAGGAAGAGGAAGAGGAAGAGGAAGAUCUAGUUUGGGAUUGUUUACGGGAAGAGGAAGAGGCAGAGGAAUGAGCAAUGGGAGUGGGCUAGAGCCACCUGCAAGGGAAACUACUAUUGACAACGAAAGAGGCAGGGAAGAGGUGUAAUUAGAGCAAGGGGUAGAGGCUCUACUAGAGGUAACUAGAGGAAGCGAUGCAGUGAAAGAAAACUUGAAGAAGAAGAAGAAAUGAAACUGUAAAAGUAGAGAGAAAAAUGGGUAAGAGGAUCCUAUAUAUGUAUUUCUGAUGAUGAGAGCUAGAGGGUUACAAGGUAUUUA